AUGCGCAUGCUCUUCCUCGUGCUCGUCGCGCGCUCGGGAGCCGGAGUGGCGGGGUCGGAGCUGCUGCAACGGCGCGAGUGGCCGCGAGGGGUCGUGCUGGGGCUCGCCAGAGAACGAGGCCACGGCGCGGUGCUCGCGGCGGCGCACGGGGCAGCUUUGAGCAGUGCAGCGCCUCAACAUCAGCUUCAAGCAGUGCAGCGCAACGCCAGUGGCCUCUCUGGAGCUGUGCGGCGGCUGGCGGGCCUGUGCGACGGCGCCGAUCCGUGGGCUCGGGACGCGCAGUCGGCUCGCGUGCCGGUUGCCGAGUCAGCCUGGCUGGCGAGAAGCGCCAAGGCCUUCCCUGCAUUCUGGGCGCUGCCCAGAAGGCAUGGGCGGGCGCUCUAUCGCUUUCCGGAGCCCAACUUUGACUAUCGAUUGCCGCCGGAACCGGAGGCCGUCUUCCUCAACCAACCAAACCUCAUUACCGACUGCCG